UAUAUAUAUGUGUGUGUGUGUGUAUUUCACGUUUAUAAUUAUAGGUUUGUGUGAAAUCUUAGCUUCAAGUCUAUGUUGAAAACUAGACGCUUGCAGUUUUUUUUUCUUCUUCCAGACACUGGUUUAGUAUAAAUUGUAGUCCCUUUUCUGGUGGCUUAGAGAUCUGUGGAAUAGAAGAGAGUUGAGAGUCGAAUCUCUCGAUUUAUGAUCUCAUUGUUUCUACAAAAUGAGCAUUUGAUCUUAAAUAGGCCAGAAAAUUGAAUUAGGAUUAGUUGAAUGUUCUUUUCAAAUUACGAUUGUUUUGCAGAAGAAACAUUUUUUUUAUACAUUUUAAAGAACUUUUAUUCAGUAUAAAAAUACUAGCUUAAUGGAUAUAAGGAUAAAAGAAUAGUAUUGGUUACAAAGUGAACGUUUUGAUGGAUUAAUUAGAAUAUAUUCAUUAGUAAGCCUGUGCUUGUGUGUGUUGGAAAUGGGCUAUAAUCUGUGUGCCCAGGUGAUGCUUUAAAGUAAUUCUUGAACCUAAAUUAGAAGAGAGUACAGAUUAAACAAGGGAAAAUUGGAAAGGAUCCAUUUGAAUUUAGAAGGAGAUGAUGCAACAAUUAUACAAUACACGACCAAAAUCCAUCCAAAGCAAACGCAAGCUAUGGCUUGUUGUCUUGACUGUUAUCAGCUUGGUGCUUAAAACAUUAUUGCCAAGACAACUUGGAGGAGCAAAUGAAUUUUUGUGACGAACGAUCUGAACGGGGGAAUGAUUAUUUGAGUUAUGAUCUCCUGCAGCUUCUCUGGAGUUGAAUCCAAUUGGAAUCAUAAUCCGUUUUCAAGAUUUGCAUUACUUUUUUUAACAGCAACACAGCAUUCAUAAAUGGCCUUGGCCCUACUGGGAUUAAACAACUGAACUUUUGUUUUGUUUUAUGGAUUUGAAAUCUGACUAACAUUAUCUCACAGUAAGACACGUGGUAUGGGAGCUGGUCGCAAGCUGAAGUCCCACCGUAGAAGACAAAGGUGGGCUGAUAAGGCGUAUAAGAAAUCCCACCUUGGAAAUGAAUGGAAGAAGCCAUUCGCUGGUUCUUCCCAUGCAAAAGGCAUUGUUCUCGAGAAGAUAGGUAUUGAGGCUAAGCAGCCAAACUCUGCCAUCCGAAAAUGUGCUAGGGUUCAGCUGAUUAAGAAUGGGAAGAAGAUUGCUGCAUUUGUUCCCAACGAUGGUUGCUUAAACUACAUUGAGGAGAAUGAUGAGGUGUUGAUUGCCGGGUUUGGACGUAAGGGUCAUGCAGUUGGAGAUAUUCCUGGUGUCAGAUUCAAGGUUGUGAAGGUCUCAGGUGUCUCUCUCUUGGCUCUCUUCAAGGAGAAAAAGGAGAAGCCAAGGUCUUAG